AUGUCCACACAGCCAGUCAAAGCUGAAGUGGCUAAAAGAGUGCACAAAGGGGUGCCUUUGCCGACUUUUACGAGCACAGCAGUGGCCCCUGAGGCUGAGCCUUCACUUUUCCAGACCACAGAAUCAGUGGCAGUAGAAAAGGCCAGCAGAAAGCUUGUCCCUGCCCCUGUAAAUGGCUCUGCUCACCCGCCGCAUUUGUCAGCAGCUCCAGUGCACUUCGGAGGGCCUGCCCUUUCAGCUGAACAUGCCUCUUCCUCUUUGGUGCCACCUCUGCCUUCUACCACAACAAGUCACGGGAGAGCCAUCCUUUCAGUUCCUGCAUCCCCAUUGAACAGCACAGCAGACUUUCCCUCCAUGUUUACUCUCCACCAGCCAGCACAAAAUCAUGCCUCUCCACCCAGCGUGCCAAAAAUGCCAGCUCCUCAAGAAAAGGGUGAUGGUGGGCCGCUUCCCACUGCACCUGCAGACUUCCUCCUCUCCAGCAAUGCUCCUGAUCUUCCUUCCAUGAUUUGGACAUUUCCUUUGAGGAAAGAGGGUAGCAUGACAGCUGUUUUAAAGGAAAAUGAGAAGGCAAAUAUGACAGUUCCUCUCCAGGCCCUUCCAAGUGAAGAAUUUUCAACUCUUCCCACUGUGAGCAGAUUCACUUCUGAUUUUAGCACUGGUCCUGUUUCAUCCACUGUCAUUACAACACUGAAAAUAAAUCUCACUUCUUUAGAAUUACGUCUGCCUUCCAUUCCAUCCACACACACCACCCAGACUGGUUCCCCAUUGCGUAGCUUUUCCAAUACCAAGUCAGAGACUUACGCAGCUGCUAUAGGCUCUUCUGGAUUCCCAGCUUCAGCUUCCAAGCAGGUGACAGCAUUUCCCUCUUCCACUGAUGUUUAUAAUUCUUCAACAAUGGGGCACUUGAAAAAGCUGGCAAUCACAGAUGUUUUCUGGAGUUUUUUUUCAACGGAAACUAGGUCUCCUUCUACAGAAUUGACAAUAUCUGGCUUGCUGCAGCAAACAAAUUAUGAUUUAAAUGAAAACACAACUAACCCUAAAAGCUGGGAAACUCAUUCAUCUUCACCUACUACUCCCAGUGGUUUAACUUCAGCUGCCAGUGCAAUAAACUCUCAGGAUUUCAAGGAUAUUGAUGGGCAUUCAGUGACUGCAGAAGGUUUUAGUGUUCAGGAUCCAUUCCUGGGAACAGGCACAAUCCAGCCUGCACAAAGACCAAAUGUUACUAUGGUUGGAAACUAUACAAAUAUGUGGCCCACAAGUAAUAACAACUAUACCAGAGACUUGGAAGCAGCUGAGGUUGAAGAUUAUCCAUCCACAAGUCAACAUUCUGGGUCUCAUCCCCACUCACAGCUGCCUGUCCAUCCAACACAUCCUCUUUUGCCAGCUCUGCCAAGUCUAACUGUUCCAGCUAGUUUGCAGGAAAUGCUUUCAGAUGGAGUAGACACAAGUUUCCAAAAUUCCAGCAGCAACUAUCCAUCACCUGGGAUAAAUGCUUCCAUACCACUUGAGAAUAUCCUGAGAGAUCACUCUACUGCUGAAUCUGCUCCUGUAUCAACCAGUGCCUUAUUCAGGACACCCUCCAAAGUGCUGCUGGCUUCUCAACACCCCAGGAAAUGGACAGUGGACUCCUCGGUGUCCUCCAAGGCAGAACCAAUAGCAGCAUCAGCAGCCACAGUGUUCCUGAGGAAAUCGAGUCCACCAGCACUGUCUGCAGCCCUACUCGCUAAGGGCACUGGCAGCAGCCCUUCAGCCAUGGCUGCAGGACUAGCCAAGAGCAGUUUGACCACCACUCUCACAAAAAAUGUCACAAGCAAGAUGGUGCCUGGCCCAAAGGCAGUAGCAGGGGCUGUCCAUACAGCCUUCCCAUUCACACAAACCUACAUGUUUGCAAAGACAGCACAUACCAUGAGCACACAUUCAGAUGCAAGGGAACACGGUCACUGCCUCUGGCCUGUUAUCCACAACACACCUCCCCAGAAACCACAAGCCAUGCACACCCUUCCAAACCCCACCAACCCUGAGAUGCCCAAAGUGUUCACCACACGCCCGCUGACAAUCACAGCAGCAUUGACCUCCAUCACAGCUUCUGUGAAGGCAACCCGGCUGCCACCUCUGCCAGCAGAUGCUGCUCGUCCUGCUGUGGCCACUGAAAUGGUCACAACUGGUAAAAUGGUGUCCAACCUGGAGUGUCAGAUGUCCAGUAAGCUCCUGGUGAAGACAGUUCUCUUUCUGACCCAAAGGAGAAUGCAGAGCAGUGAAUUCUUGAAGCUCAAUGUGGCCAAAGGACUCACUCAGGCCUUGCGGAAGGCCUUCCACCAGAGCGAUGUCUCUGCUCACGUGGACAUUCUGGAGCAUUCUCACAAUGUCACAGUUGGUUAUUAUGCUACCAAGGGGAGGCUGGUGUACCUGCCUGCAGUAGUUGUCGAAAUGCUGGGUGUUUAUGGCGUCAGCAAUGUCACUGCAGAUCUGAAGCAGCACAUCCCAAACUUACAGUCUGUGGCAGUACUUGCCUCCCCGUGGAAUCCUGAGCCUGCAGGCUACUUCCAGCUGAAAACAGUGCUGCAGUUUGUGAGUCAGUCAGACAACAUACAGUCCUGCAGGUUUGCCCAGACAAUGGAACAGAGGCUGCAGAAGGCAUUCCAGGAUGCCGAGAGGAAGGUCCUGAAAACCAAAAGCAACUUGGCGACUCAGAUUGUGAGCACGUCCAACGCCUCCCAGACAGUCACCUUGGUGUACGUGGUGGGCAAUCAGAGCACAUUCCUCAACGGCACUGUGGCCAGCAGCCUCCUCAGCCAGCUCUCAGCUGAGCUGGUGGGAUUCUACCUCACCUACCCGCCACUCACCAUUGCCGAACCUCUUGAAUACCCCAGCCUUGAUAUAUCAGAAACAACCAGAGACUAUUGGGUGAUUACAGUGCUGCAGGGAGUGGACAACUCACUGGUGGGCCUGCACAACCAGAGCUUCGCCCGGGUCAUGGAGCAGCGCCUGGCCCAGCUGUUCAUGAUGUCCCAACAACAAGGCCGGCGGUUUAAACGGGCCACCACCCUGGGAAGUUAUACUGUGCAGAUGGUAAAGAUGCAGCGUGUGCCAGGGCCAAAGGACCCAGCAGAGCUGACUUACUACACUCUCUACAAUGGGAAGCCUUUGUUGGGGACUGCAGCAGCCAAGAUUCUGAGCACCAUUGACUCCCAGAGGAUGGCCUUGACCCUGCAUCAUGUUGUCCUUCUGCAAGCUGACCCUGUCGUGAAGAAUCCACCCAACAAUCUGUGGAUCAUUGCUGCGGUGCUGGCGCCCAUCGCCGUGGUCACAGUGAUCAUCAUCAUCAUCACUGCCGUGCUCUGCAGGAAGAACAAGAACGACUUCAAGCCAGACACCAUGAUGAACCUGCCUCAGAGAGCAAAGCCAGUGCAAGGCUUCGAUUAUGCCAAGCAGCACCUGGGCCAGCAAGGGGCCGAUGAGGAGGUCAUCCCUGUGACUCAGGAAACGGUGGUCCUCCCCCUCCCUAUUAGAGAUGCUCCUGCCUCUCAGGAAAGAGAUGUUGCCCAGGAUGGAAGCACCAUCAAGACCGCCAAGUCCACGGAGACCAGAAAGAGCAGGUCUCCCAGUGAGAAUGGCUCUGUCAUCAGCAACGAAUCAGGGAAGCCCAGCUCAGGGAGGCGCUCGCCCCAGAAUGUAAUGGCACAGCAGAAAGUGUCAAAGGAGGAGGCAAGGAAGAGAAAUGUGCCAGCGAGUGAUGAAGAGGAGGGACCAGUUCUUUUUGACAACUCUGGCAAGGCGGCCGCUGAUCCCUUCGACUCGUCUUCUGGCUCUGUGCAGCUCAUUGCAAUAAAGCCCACUGCCCUCCCUGUGGUACACCCAGCCUCAGACAGGAGCCAGGAGUCAGCAGUCCUCAACGGUGAGGUGAACAAAGCUCUGAAGCAGAAGUCAGACAUUGAGCACUACCGGAACAAGCUGCGCCUCAAAGCCAAGAGGAAGGGCUAUUACGAUUUCCCUCCGGUGGAGACGAACAAGGGUCUGACUGAAAGAAAAAAGAUGUAUGAAAAAGCCCAAAAGGAAAUUGACCACAUUUUGGAACCAGACCCAGAACUCUGUGCCCCAUUCACUGAGUCUAAGAACAGGCAACAGAUGAAGAACUCUGUCUACCGAAGCCGGCAGUCUCUGAACAGCCCGAGCCCAGGGGAAACCGAGAUGGACCUUCUGGUGACGCGGGAGCGACCCCGGCGUGGAAUCCGCAAUAGUGGAUAUGACACUGAGCCGGAAAUCAUAGAGGAAACCAACAUUGACAGAGUUAACGAGCCCCGGGGCUACACCAGGGCACGGCAGGUGAAAGGCCACUCGGAGACGUCCACACUGAGCUCCCAGCCCUCCAUCGAUGAGGUCAGACAGCAGAUGCACAUGCUUCUGGAAGAGGCCUUCAGCCUGGCAUCUGCAGGCCACGGAGGCCAGAGCCGACACCAGGAGGCCUACGGCUCAGCACAGCACCUGCCCUACUCGGAGGUGGUGACCAGCGCUCCUGGGACCAUGACGCGGCCCAGGGCUGGGGUACAGUGGGUGCCAACUUACCGCCCAGAAAUGUACCAGUACAGUCUGCCCCGACCCGCCUUCAGAUUUUCCCAGCUUCCUGAAAUGGUCAUGGGCUCACCUCCUCCACCUGUACCUCCCAGGACAGGUCCUGUGGCUGUCGCUUCUCUCAGGCGAUCCACCUCGGACAUCGGCAGCAAGACGAGAAUGGCCGAGUCCGCGGGGCCCGAGCCGGCCCAGUUGCACGACAGCGCCUCCUUCGCCCAGGUGUCCAGAGGCCCCGUGUCCGUGGCGCAGUUGGAUCAGUCGGCGUUAAAUUACUCAGGUAAUACGGUGCCGGCAGUGUUUGCCAUCCCAGCUGCCAACAGACCUGGCUUCACUGGCUACUUCAUCCCAACACCUCCCUCGUCCUACAGGAACCAGGCCUGGAUGUCCUAUGCAGGAGAGAACGAGCUCCCGGGCCAGUGGGCCGAUUCGGUCCCUCUCCCAGGAUACAUUGAAGCUUACCCCCGGUCACGUUAUCAGCAGAACUCGCCCUCACGGCUCCCUCGCCAGUACAGCCAGCCUUCCAACCUGCACCCCAGCUUGGAGCAGGCCCCAGUGCCCUCCACUGCAGCCUCGCAGCAGAGCCUAGCAGAGAACGAUCCAUCUGACACACCCCUGACCAACAUCUCUACUGCGGCCCUCGUCAAGGCCAUCCGGGAAGAGGUGGCCAAGCUGGCCAAGAAACAGACAGACAUGUUUGAGUUCCAGGUCUAA